AUCAGAGAGAGCUGUGACGACGUUCGCCGAUACUCUUUUUUAAUAAGUUGGUGACAGGCAGGAGAAACAGAACUCUCUUUAAGACAAAGACAAGUUUCUCUCCGACACGGCGAACGUCAAUUCCGAUUCACUCAUCCCUUCUUAGUGUUUCUUCUCCGGCGUAAUAAUGACAACUUCAAAGAGGCUAGCAGACAGGAAGAUAGAGAAGUUUGACAAGAACAUUACUAAAAGAGGUUUUGUUCCUGAGACCACCACCAAGAAGGGUAAGGACUACCCUGUCGGACCCAUCCUCCUCGGCUUCUUUGUCUUCGUCGUCAUUGGUUCAUCUCUCUUCCAGAUCAUCAGGACUGCAACUAGCGGAGGCAUGGCAUAAACGAAACCACUUCUUCUUUCUUGUCUCACUUCUCCCUUAAUCUUAUUGUAGAAUGCUUUAGCUUUCUGUGUACUUUACUACAUGUUGUGAAGAAUUUUGAGAGUCUUUUCUAUAUAAAAUUAUCAAACCUUUUAA